UAAAAAAGUCUUGCUGCCAUUUCUCACGUUGCUAUUCAUGUUCUCACUGGGUAACACUUUAAAUACAGCACUUUCAGUCCUUCUCUUUGUUACUUCUCUCCCCAUUUGUGAAACCAUGAAGUGGCCAACAUGGAAGUCCAAGUCCAUCACCAUGGCAAUGGCAGUGGUUUUGCUUCACUUGAGUUUUUCCUUGGAAGUGUUCUCUCACCCUUCUCAUGCAGACAUAAUUUUUGCUCUUCCUGGACAACCACACGUAGGCUUUCAACAGUUCUCGGGAUAUGUCACUGUGGAUGACAAGAAACACAAGUCUCUCUUUUACUAUUUUUCUGAGUCAGAAACUGAUCCAGCUUCAAAGCCUCUUGUUCUGUGGCUCAAUGGAGGACCUGGUUGUUCUUCUCUAGGAGUAGGAGCAUUCUCAGAGAACGGACCAUUCAGACCAAAUGGAGAAUUUCUGAUUAAAAAUGAUUAUAGUUGGAAUAAAGAGGCAAACAUGCUGUAUUUAGAGACACCAGUUGGAGUGGGGUUCUCUUAUGCUAAAGGUAGCUCCUCAUAUAUGACAGUGAAUGACGAGGCAACAGCCAGGGACAACCUUGUAUUCCUGAUACGCUGGUUCAACAAGUUCCCCCAAUACAGGAGCAGAGAUUUGUUUCUAAGUGGGGAAAGCUAUGCAGGUCAUUAUGUUCCUCAACUUGCAAAGCUUAUGAUUGAAAUGAACACAAAGAACAAGAUAUUCAAUCUAAAAGGCAUUGCCUUGGGUAAUCCAGUUCUAGAAUAUGCAACUGACUUCAAUUCAAGGGCUGAGUUCUUCUGGUCUCAUGGACUAAUAUCAGAUUCAACCUACAACAUGUUCACCACAGUGUGUAACUAUUCUAGGUACGUGAGUGAGUACUAUAGGGACUCAGUUUCGCCUCUUUGUUCAAAGGUUAUGGGCCAAGUGAGCAAAGAAACCAGUAAAUUUGUGGACAAAUAUGAUGUCACCCUUGAUGUUUGCAUUUCCUCGGUGCUAUCACAAUCCAAGGUUAUUUGUCCUCAAACCCAAGAAGCAAAUGAAAGCAUAGACGUGUGUGUAGAUGACAAGGUCACAAAUUACUUAAACCGGAAAGAUGUACAAGAGGCACUUCAUGCUAAGCUAGUUGGAGUUCGCAAGUGGGAUGUUUGCAGCAACGUCCUGGACUAUGAUAUGCUGAACCUGGAAGUGCCUACACUCCCUGUUGUUGGAUUACUGAUAAAAGCUGGAGUUCGGGUCUUAAUUUACAGUGGAGAUCAAGAUUCCGUGAUUCCACUGACUGGAAGCCGUACCUUAGUUCAGAAGUUGGCAAGAAAAUUAGGACUGAAUACAACAGGGCCUUAUAGAGUAUGGUUUGAAGGCCAGCAGGUUGGCGGGUGGACUCAAGUUUAUGGCAAUAUCCUGUCAUUUGCUACUGUUAGAGGUGCCUCCCAUGAAGCCCCUUUCUCGCAACCUGAAAGAUCACUUGUGCUAUUCAAGUCAUUCUUGGAUGGCAGGCCUUUACCUGAAGCUUUCUGACGCACCCUUUUUGUGUUUACUUAUUUAGUGUAGAUUGUAAGUAAGCAUUAUCCUUUUUAAUACCAUAUCAUUAGAAAAGGAAUGUAUUAACUGUGCAGAAUGUCAAAAGAAAAGUUGGAAAAAGUUUUUUUUUUUUUUUUUCUUUUGGGUUUUCAACAUUUGUAUGUGAGCUUUUGUGUGCUUGCUUGUUCUUGAGAUGUCAAAUGUAAUGGAUCCUUGAGUUAAAGAGACUCUGUAAAAAAGUUGUUAGAGAAUACGGCUAUGUUCUUAUUAUAAA